GCUUCAUUUUCUUUUGUCCUAGCAACUCGUAAGUAAUAAGGAUAAACUAAAACCCUUCUGAUCAUUAAAAUUAGGGUUUUAGCAACAAAUAAAAAUAACCAUCACCGAUGAUUCAUGCAGCAGUUAAGCUAUCGAAAUCGGUCAUUUCCAUGUCUCGAACUUCCUUAGUAGCUGCAACUUCAUCGCAGCCUUUGAGAUUCCUCCACGAUGGAACCAACAGUCCCAGUUCCAACCCAGUCGCUGUUCAGAUGAUCAAUUACGCUCUCUCACAUGCCAGGUCCCAGAAAUCAGAUGAAUCAUAUGCUCAAGGCAUGUUGAUAUUGGAGCAGUGUCUUUCUACUCAGUCAAGUGAAAGUGCAGGUCAAUUUGCUCAAAAUUCUAUUGGAACGGUGUUACUUGCAAUGUCUAAUUUGUUAUAUGAAAGAGGAAGCUUUGAAGAAGCAAUUGAAAAGCUGCAUAGAGUUCAGGGUUUAACGCGUUCCUCCUUGGGUGUUAGAGUUGCUGCUACGGAAGCUCUUGUUGGUCUUUAUUUGCAGUUGGGCCAGGAUGAUACUUCAUCAGUGCUCGCAGAUAAAUGCUUAGAUUUUUUGCAUAAAGAUGAUUUAAGAAGUAAUGGUGGGAGCAAAGAAUCUUUGAUUGCUCGUGCUAAAGCAGUGAAGGGGCUAGUUGAGCUUGUCACUGGUAACCUUGAGUCAGCUGAAUCAUUUUUUCAUGGAGUCCAAGAUAUUGAAGCUUGGAAUGGCACUGCUGUUUUAUCUUAUGGAGAAUUUCUACAUGCUACACAACAGUUUUCUCUGGCCAAAGAAUUAUACCAAAACAUAAUUGAAGGGGUGCCCAAAAAUGAAGAUUUUAGUGACAUGAAUACCUUGGCAAUUUGUAAUAUGGCUUCAGAUGAAGUUUUGCUAGCUGCAACCUUUGCCUUGGGGCAACUUGAGUCACACAUGGGGAAUUUUCGUGCUGCAGAGGAGAUAUUGACAAAGGCACUAACUAAAACAGAAGAAUACUUUGGAUCUAGUCAUCCGAAGGUUGGUGUUGUCUUAACCUGUAUAGCUCUGAUGUAUCGGAACAAAGCAAGACAAGAGCGAUCAAGCUCUCUUCUAAUUCAAGAGGGACUUUACAGAAGGGCAAUAGAAUUUCUAAAAGCUCCACCGUUGGAGUCUAAAGGUGCAGAGACGAAACUGGACAGGGGGGAUAUUUUAGCCCUUGCAAGAGGUGGGUAUGCAGAAGUACUUUGUGUUCAACAAAACAGGAAGACAGAAGGUGAGAAAAUGAAAACAUGGGCAGAAGCUGUAUGGAGUAACCGUCGAAUGUCACUCACUGAUGUAUUGGACAUCUCAGAGCCUUCAAGUAAGGUGCCAGUUAUAGAUGUACGAAUCAGCCGAGUGCUGUAGAUCAUCUUGUGCUUUCUCAAAUGCAGUAAUUAAUCAUGCUUUGGUUAUGCAUUGACAAAUAAGUGUUCGAAAUUUCUGAGAUGCUGGAACAGGAAUGUUAGAUUGCACUAUAGUUUCUUCAUCUGGUUAGUUUUGUCAGAAUAUCCUUGGCAAUAAGUUAAUAUUCAGCAGAUUGUCGGAUGAUGAUUGUGUGCAAUAGAAGAGAAACAUCUGUAAACUGCCAUACCUAAAUUUAAUGCGAUAUGACCUUAUCUUUCUUGUAGGGUAUACAAA